AUGUGCCGUCUGCCGAUUCUGCUCGCCCUCGCCGCUCUCUCUUUUCCACCUUUCACCGCAGCCCUCAGUACUGUCAGUUCACUUUUCUGCAAACGUUGUUUGUUUGAAACUGCAAUUUACAGUGGAAUGUCGAGGCGCCAAAGUACUUUGCUGGUCCGGGGGAUCCAGAGCCCAGUACCCAGUCCAUCAAUCCCCGACAGUACUUCGUUCCCGUCUCUGGGCACCAGGACCCCAGAUCCUGGUUCCCCAGAUAUUUCAGCGCCCCGUCCCGCAAAGUCUCUGCGGAUGAGUUCGCCAAGAACUACGUGGAUCUGCUGACGGCUCUCAUCAACACGAAAACGCCGGAAGCGGAUAAGGACCACGAUACGUACCUGUACAACAAACUCCUCUUCUCCGAGUGCUAUUCUCCGAAAUUCCAGGACUACGGUAGGUGUUUUUAGGGUUGGGGGCCUAAGAACCUUGUUAAUUGUCAGAAAUGUUCAAAAAAUGGCUCGAACAGUUUGUUCUCAACCAUUUCGACGCGAAAAUCAAAGUGACGAGUAUGCACGAGCAAAAGUCGCCCGCGCAUUGCGACUUUCUCAUCCACGUGGACGUCCGCACCAAAUUGGGACCCAGAUUGGAGUUUGACACAAAACUCACCGCCACUGACGUGAGUUUUUCAACACUUUUGCGAGUUUUUUUCAACGUUUUUCAUGUUUUAGAGAGGAGACGGCUGGUCCAUCGUGUUCGUGAACCGCAAUCUGGGAUGUGACUAA